UCUCUCUCUCUCUCUUUCUCCAACUCACAUCUCUAUCCAAUAUUUUCUCACUUACAGUCACAAGAGUCCUAAAGGAAUUACAAGAAGAAAAUCCACAAUGAAAAGAUACUGUUCAGUGGCGGCGCUGCAGGUUCUGUUACUUGUAGCUUUCUUUAGCAGCAAGUAUUGUGUAGAAGGCCGUUCUCUGUUAACGAUGACACAUUCGAGUCAAGCUGUGAGAGAUUUGCAUGUAAGCAAGGAGAUGAAGAAAGAGCCGCUUAAGGGAGAAAAAGAUAGCUUCAGAAGAAUCCCAAGGAGUGGUUCAAACCCUAUACAGAACAAGUGUAAUCCACCGGUAGAUGUUAAAGGAAGUAGGAACCAGCAGAUCAUAGCAUCAAGAAAACCUUAAACUUCAGUUCUUUUUUUUUUGUACGUCCUUCUUAGAUCCUCUACUUUCUUUCUUUUUGUUUUGUAGAAUAGGUACCUAGACAUGUGUGUUCUUAAUGCUGAUUAAAAUAUAUGAACUCAUCUUUUAGCACAUGUUCUUUCUCAGUGAUGCUUAAAACCCCUUAAAUAUACAAUGAUCAACCUCUUUCUCUGUGUUAUUUGGUUCUUAUGCUUCAAAUGUCCUUAAGAAAGAAAGGUGUUCUGU